AUGGUUUUGGAUCUUGGAUUUGGAUUUUCGACAAAGUACAACUUCGAGCAAUCUUUUUGUUCCAAUUCGAACAUGGUCGGCGGAGACAACAAAAGUCUUGAAGAUGCGGAGCGCGAAGGUCGACCAUCGCAGCGUGACGAUGUCCGAUUAAAUUCCUUGGCUGAAGCAGAUCUAAUAGCUUCUGUUCGAGAGCUCGCUUCGGAACUUGGAGUGUCGCGCAGCACCGCUUUUGCACAUCUGCGAGGAAUUGAGAAGUCGAGGAAGCUGGACAAGUGGGUACCGCAUGAGUUGAGGGGAAGUCAGAGGAUGUUAAAGUUGAAAAGACGUCCACUUUUGAGCAAAACAGAGUUACCUUUACCCGAUAGUAGUUCCGAAGAUGAGGGAGACGGGACAAGUCGCACUGCGUUGCCAGUCGUGUCGAAGGACUUCAAAAUACCGUGGCGUAAAGAAAGGUCGAAACAUGACUCUGCAGAUUUCUUCGUCCUGGAUACUGUUGGCCGCACUGAAGAGCCUGUAUCAGAGUCUAGUACAAGUUCUUCUGAGAAUGUGAAGCCUAAAACAGACAUUAGUGCACCCGCCACAGUCAUGCUAGAUGAAAGGGUCGAAAAGUUAUUAGACAAGGCAGUAUGUGGUCCAUCUUUUGAGAAGAACUACGGCGAAACUGCCAGUCUCAUUGGAAGGAGAGCAGCUAAACGGUUAAGAAAGCUGGAACGUGAAAAGACUAUGGGCAAAGAAUGGUUCGACAUUCCUGCAACUGAGCUCACAGAAGAGGCUAAGACAGAUCUGGAGCUGCUACAAAUGCGUGCUGCUAUAGAUCCGCUUGCAUUUUAUCGUAGAAGCGAUCGCACUGUUCUUCCUAAGUAUUUCCAGGUUGGACGUGUCGUUGAUGCUCCUGAGGACUACUACAGUGGUCGUCUUACUAAGAAAGAGAGGAAAAAUACAAUGCUGGAUGAACUAUUGUUUGACCCACAGUUCUCGAGGUCGAAAAGAGAAAAAUUCAACGCCAUACAGAAGUUCGAGAAGAAAAAAAGACGUGGGACAUUCCAACACUCUGGGCCGCGUAGAAAGAGAAGGGAGAAGCUCAAUGAUAGGAAGAAGAAACCCUGA